AUGACUUUAAUUAGGAAAAUUAAAAAUAUUAAUUUGAAGAAUUAUAGAGUACUAAUUAACAAUCUCUCAUGCUUAACAGAAACAGCUAAUAAACUGGACUUAGCAGCAUAAUACCUCACUAAUAACAAGGCCAAAUUUUUAAUUUAGAUAAAAAAUCAACAAAAACCAUAGAAUAAGGAACAACAAUAAUGGACCAUUAGGAAAUAAAUACAUUAAAUUAAUCAGAAAUUAACUGAUAAGAAUAAGCCAGUUAUUUAGAUGGUAUAAAACCAGAACCAUUAAAAUCUUAAAAUUUGUAUUAGUCUGAAAGCAUUGAAGCUAAACAAAGAAAAGAAGAUAAUAUUGCAAAUAUAUUUUAAAACGAAGUACAAAAAAUAAAUAACUCUCCUUAAAAUGAAUGAAUUUGAAAAAUUAAUUAAUUAUUUUAAGUAUUUUUUUUUUCUAUUAUAAGUUUGCGUUAAUUUUUUUAAUUUAGAAUUAUAAUUUUUUCUUUAAGUAAAAUUGAAAAAUUGA